UUAGAUAUAGGCCUAUAGACAUGUCGCGGCAAUGAUAAACACGAUACACAGCACUGUGCUAGUAAAUAUUGGGGCGCCGACACACAAAACACAAGUGUCUUGCGACUUUUCAUCCAAUUCAAUAUUAAGAGUAAGCCACGAGCAGCUACCGGGCCGUCACGAUGAACCUACCCGUGGCUCUCGGCACACUUGCGAUCGUUGUUCUCGUACAAUCAGUUGUUGCUGAGAGUCAGUUGAGGUCUUGCAGUUACUUCGGUCUGGCACCGGAGCCGCUUCCUGGUGAACAUUGGAUGCAAGCAGCGUCUCGAGAACUACACCAACGGUGCUCAGGGACACGAAACUCGAUUGAAGACAGCAGUGGAACCGAAGCCAGAGUUGAGAUCGACAUUUCGUCAACACCCUCAGGUCCCCGAUAUGCUGACUGCGGCGACAUUUUGGACAGCGGGAUAAAUCCAGGUGUCGUCACUAUCUACCCAUCGCAAUAUCCAAACGGCUUGACCGUUUUCUGCCAAAGCACGUGGAUAUUGAUUCAGAAGCGUCAGAAUGGUUUAGUGAAUUUCAACCGUAGCUGGGCCGAGUACCGAGACGGCUUCGGCGAUCUGACGGGGGAGUUCUGGCUUGGGAACGAGAUAGUCCGCCAGCUGACCUCGGAAGGCACUUGGCAACUUCAGAUGUUCGUAAAAGAAGCCAAAUACGGGAUAAAAAUCAAGUUUGGGAAGUUCAAGAUCACAGGUGACAACUUCACACUACAUGUGGAUCCAUUUAAACGAUGGCAACAGCUUUUUUCGCCAGGUCACUCUCUCCCUGGCGUUUCCUUAGGCCAGCCGUUCUCAACUUACGAUCGCGACAAUGACGCCGAUGGCAACGCCAAUUGUGCCGCUCAGCUAAACGGAGGCUGGUGGUUUAAGACUUGUACUGGAGGAGUCGGGAAUGUGGAUCUCGUACCGACUAACCUGAAUGGGGAGUAUUCCUAUCCAGUCAACUACACGGGGCAAGAUUACCGCGGUGUGAGGUGGGCUGGUGCGCUUGAGUUUGGUAACCAAAUACUAUCUUGCCAGCUCGCGAUUCGUAUGACUUAAGUUUCUUGGCCUGACCGUGAGGGCUUUUGGGUUUUGUAAGAUUGGAAAUAGUCCGAGAGCCCAGUGAGGUUUAAUUAGAAUAUCGCGCACAAAAGGUUUGAUGGUGGCAGCUAGUAGGUGGGGGUGUCCAACCUUCAAAACCGUCAUUCUUAAGUGUCACACCCCGUGCGUUUGAGAGGGAGCA